UUGACAGCUCACUGCUGUGAAUGAACAACACGUGUUUAUCGGAAGCUCUCGGAGUCUCCAAGGCGCUUUAUUUUCUAAAUAAUGAUAUAGAUAUUGUACAGAAUGCCACCAUUUAAAGCUGGGUUAUUGAAAAGAAAAAUAGACGAAAAAAAUUCUAAGAAAACAGCUGCGAAAGAUUCAUCAGAAGACGAGGAAAGUGAUUCUGGGGCAAGCGAGGAUCUGAUCCGCGGUGAUUUGAAUGGGGCAGAAGACGCUACUGACUCUGAACAGGACGAGGAAGGCGUUAACUCUGAUGCGGAACAAGAUGAGGUGCUGUUUGAUGACGAUGGCGAUUCUACGUUUGGGGACGAAGAGCAGCCAGAAGAUGCUUCAGAUGCAUCAUCAGAGCUAACAGAUUCGGAAUCUGAUGAUGAAUCAGAAGAUGAUAAUGAUGAUGAAGCAUCACAAGAGAGUGAAGACAGUGGUGCAGAGUCUGGUAUCGGACAAACACACUCCGGUUCCAGUGAUGAGUCAGACAAAGAAACAAACCAGAAAGUGCAAAAGGAAACUAAACAAAAAGAGACAAAAGACAAACAGGUGAAAGAGAAAGAAAAGCAUGUGAAAAAGAAAGAAAAACAGGUGAAAGAGAAAGAAGUAAAAGGAAAUACUAAGGAUAGUGUUGAUGUGUUCGCUGAUAAAAUCAAGGAAACUACUGUUAAGAUGCAGCCGGUUGCUCUUAAAGAUGAGUACGAGUCUGGAGACACGUCAGACGAAGAAGAGCGCCGCAACACAGUCGGUGACAUCCCCAUGUGGUGGUACAACGAGUACCCGCAUGUUGGCUAUGAUUUGGACGGACGGAAGAUCAUCAAGCCACCGCAGAGAGAUCAGAUUGAUGAGUUCCUUAAAAAAUGCGAAGACCCCGAUUUCUGGCGAACGGUCCGGGACCCCAGCACUGGGCAGGACGUGAUCCUCAGCAAGCAGGACCUGGAGCUGAUCUCCCGCAUCCGCCAGGGUCAUGUGCCCAAUGCUGACCAUGAUGAGUAUGAGCCGUGGGUUGAAUGGUUCUCCCGCGAAGUCCUAGCGACGCCAAUUCGAGCUUUCCCCGAACACAAACGAUCGUUCCUGCCGUCCCGAGAGGAACAGAAACACAUAUCCAAGAUUGUGCACGCGUUGAAGAUGGGUUGGACCAAAACUAGGAGGGAGAUCGCCAUGGAGAGGAGGAAGAGACGGGUAAAGCAAUUCUACAACCUAUGGGGCUCGACCACAGAAGAUGAGAACAUCCGAGGCAUCCACAAACACAUCCCGGCGCCGAAGCGCGCCCUGCCGUCCCACGCAGAAAGCUACAACCCGCCGCCAGAGUAUUUACUCGACGCUAAAGAGAUGAAAGAAUGGAACAAGCUAGCAGAAACGCCGUGGAAGCGCAAAUACACCUUCUUACCGACGAAGCACGAAAACCUGCGCUCUGUCGCCGCCUACCCUCGGUUCAUACGUGAACGCUUCCUCAGAUGCCUUGACUUGUAUCUCGCUCCUCGAGCUAUACAUAUGAGGCUCACCAUCAGCCCAGAAGACCUGGUCCCGAAGCUGCCGUCCCCUCGGGAGCUGCAGCCGUUCCCCACGCACGAGGCGCUGCUGUUCAGGGGCCACGCCGGGCUGGUGAGGAGUGCUGAUUUCGACCCUACAGGCCAAUAUGCCGUGUCUGGGAGUGAUGAUGGCACUGUUAAGAUCUGGGAAACCAGCACCGGGCGUUGCCUGCGCACCAUCCCGCUCCCCGCGCCCGUGGCCCGCGUGGCCUGGACGCCCGCGCUCGGCCUCAGUCUCGUGGCGGCCGCGGUGGGGAACAGACUGCUCCUGCUUAAUCCGGGACAAGAUAUUGGCGCGCAUAAGGUGGCAGCUAGAACUGACGAGCUCUUGGAGGAACCGCCGCCCCAACAUGACGUUGUCAUGGACGAGCGUACAACUACAGCGGUGCAGUGGGACAAGGUGAAGCCCGAAGAGUGGGCCAUUGGGGUCCGUGUUGCUGUCACGCAUUUCAAGCCCGUCAUACACGUCGCCUGGCACGGCAAAGGCGACUACAUCGCGGUGACGCUCGCGGACGGCGCCAGCCGCGCGGUGGCGGUGCACCAGCUGUCGCGGCGCCGCAGCCAGCUGCCCUUCUCCAGGGCCAAGGGGCUCGUGCAGUGCGCGCUGUUCCACCCCGUCACGCCCAGGCUCUUUGUUGCUACUCAGCGUGUGGUUAGAAUUUAUGACCUCGUGAAACAAGAGUUGAUAAAGAAACUUCUGACUGGAGCGCAGUGGAUAAGCUCAAUGGCCGUGCACCCUGCCGGAGACAACUUGCUCGUCGCGUCCUAUGAUCGGAAAUGCAUGUGGUUUGACUUGGAGCUGUCCUCGCAGCCGUACCAGACCCUCCGCCUGCACGGCGGCGCGGUGCGCGGCGUGGCGUUCCACCGCCGCUACCCGCUGUUCGCGUCGGCCGGCGACGACCACUACAUCGUCGUGUCGCACGGCAUGGUCUACAAUGACCUCCUCCAAAACCCUCUCCUGGUGCCGCUGAAGCAGCUCCGCGGGCCGGAGAAGCGCGAGGAGCUGUGCGUGCUGGACGUCCGCUUCCAUCCCACGCAGCCCUGGCUGCUGGCGGCGGGCGCCGACUCCACUCUACGACUAUAUACUUGAAUAAAUGCUUAUUUGAAUCAU